AUGUCAACAUGGAUAAACAAAAAGUUUUUAUCGCUUUCUGAAAAGGUAAUUGAAAAUGUGAUUGAUUCUUUUACAAAUAAAAAUACCCAUUUGGAAAAUAUCCAGAACAUCCAAGAGACACAACUAGGAAAAAUAAUCAGCAAAGUUAUAUCGUCAAAAUACUUUUUCAAAAAUGAUGACAUAUAUUAUAAUGCAAAAGAAUUAGAAUUUAAAUGGGAGGUAAACAAAAAAUGGAAAAAAAGAGGAAUAAAAAAAAAAAAAAAAAAAAAAAAAAUUCAAAAUGAAGUUGAAAAACAAGACCUUAAAAAGUUCAAUAACAUAUAUAGUUACAUGUAUGACAAUAAUGAGAAUGAACUAAAUAGAACCGAUCUCAAUAUAGAUGAAAUGCAUUAUUCUAAUCCUCUUAAUUUAAAUAAGGAAUAUCAUAUUGAAGAUUCUAAUAGAUGUGAAGAAAAUGAUAAAAGUUUUAAUUCACAAUUAGAAAAUAAUAACACAUAUAAUCAAAAUAUUAGUAAUGAUAUUAAAAAUAAAACAUUUCAUGAAACACCAAAUUUUGAGUCAAAUCAUUUUCCAAAAAUAAAUAAUUGGAAAAAUGGCGGCGAAAAUGAUGGGGAAAAUGGCGGCGAAAAUGAUGGCGAAAAUGAUAGUAAUAAAAGCAAAUCUUCUACUUGUAUAAAUUUUUUAGAAUGUUUAUCUAUAAAUAAAUAUAAAUUAUAUAAUAAUAAUUCAUAUAAUUUAGGAUCAUCGUCUUAUAUAUCUUCUAAAAAUGAUGAAAAUAUAUUAUCAUCAGAAUUAUCUAAAAUAUAUAAUCAAUCAUCUAAUUCUAACAUUUUUAAUAAUCAAGAAAAAAAAUACACAAUUUUGAAACAACGAAAUUUAUGUAAAAUGAAUUUAUUUAUAAAAGAAGCAAAACUUUUAUUUUAUAAUAAAACUACUAAUAUUAAUAAUAUAAGUAUAUACUGUACAACUAUAAUUGAAAAAAAAAAAUAUAUUGGGCAACAAAGACGAUUAAGUUUCAAAACAUUACCAAUUAAUAAUUUGAUAAUUAAUGAAUAUAUAAAUCAUGGUGUUAAAGAUAUAUAUUCUGAUAUUAUUAUAAAUAUAAAAUAUAAAAAUAAUGUAAAAAAUAAAAAUAAAAAAAAUGUAAAAGAUGAUAUAACAAUAGGAAGAAUAAUUAUUCCCUUAUUUUUACUUUUAAACACAUAUAGAUGUAAAAUUAAAAAAAUAAAAAAUAAAAUGAGAUAUUGUACAAAAUGUUUUCUUUGGUUACAUAUAUUUCCAUGUAACAAUAAAUUAUUUAAUUAUAAAUUUUUUAAGCCUGUUGAAGGUUUUGAAGGAUAUGGGAUGAUAAAUCCAUUGUCUACAUUAGGUUUUUUAAAUCUUAAAAUAAAAAUUGUUUUUAAAAAAAAUCCUCUUUUAUUAACAUUAUAUAGUAAUAUUAGAAAACCACUAUUUUAUUAUAAAUUGCCUAAACAAUUUGAACCUUUAUAUUGCCAAUAUUAUACUGAAAAUUUUUUUGUGUAUAUAAAAAAUUUACCAACAUGGAUAUAUAAAUUUUUUUAUAUUUUCAAUCCAUAUUGUAUAGAACCAAUUCAACUUAAUUAUUAUGAUUAUAUAUUUGUUUUAUUUUUUUGGUUAUUUUUUUUUAGACUAAUUGUAUUUUCUCCAUUUUUUCAUUUUUUUAUUCAUAUUUUUUUUUGUUUGUUUUUUAUAUCUUUAUCAUAUAAAUAUGGAUCCACACAAAAUCGAGAAAAUGAUUAUUCUCGAUAUGAUUUUAAGCCUUUAAAUAUAAAAGGAGAUAAUAAAAGAAAUUCAAAAUUUUAUGGAUAUAUUCAAAAAAUAAAUGGAAAAAGAAAUUUACCACUUUCACAAGAAGCUAAAGAUAUACAAUUUUAUGACAAAAAAGUUGGAGGCGUUUUAGAAUCAAUGCAUGAUAUAGAUUUUGAUUAUUGUAAAUGUCCAGAUAUAUCAAAAAAUAAUGAUAAAUCAAAUAUUCCUUGUAUAAACACAAUAACAUCUCUUUCUGUUUUUCCUGAUAAUAUUAAUGGAAAAGAGUUUGAAGAAAAUGUUAAUGAACAUAUAGUAGAUAAUGAUUUAGAAAAUAAAUAUAUAAUAUCAAAUGAAAUAAAAAAAAAAAAAAAAAUUUCUAAUAUUGAAAAUAAUUCAAGCCCUACUAUAAGCAAUUUAUCUUCAUUUAGUAAAAGUACCAUCUCUUUACCAAAAUCUGGAAUUAUAAAAUUAGAAGAAAAUUGUUUUAAAAAAAAUAAUCACAAUUUUGAAUCGGAUAUAAAAUAUGACAAACUUGAAGUAGAAUAUAGAGAAGAAGUUGGAGAUAUAAAAAUAAAUAACAAAUCUGUAGAAAAAAACAAAAAAGAAAAUAAUGUUACAAAUUUUGCAAAAAAAAUACAAAAUAUGAUGAUUGAUGGGACCAAAACAAACACAAUCAAUAUGAAUAACUGGAACACAAAUGUGAAUAAAUUUAUUAAUUUGUUUACUAAAAAGGGGGAUGGUCAAAAUGGGGAUGGCCAAGCGGACGAUUUCCAAACGGAUGAUGAUUCAGAUAAUCGAGAUAAAAGCAGUGAAAAAUAUAAAGAAAAUGUAUUAAUUUUUAACAAAAAUAAAGAUAAUAGUGUAGGUGAUAAAAAAGAUGUCUAUUUAUUAUAUGAUUCAGGAAGUAAUACAAUAAAUAAAUGUCCAAAUAAAAUAUCAAUAAAUUCUUCUAAAAAUAGCAAAAAUGAUGAACAUGAUAGUUAUCAAGUUGAAAACGAUAGUGAUGUGGAUAAUACAAGCGAAAGUGGUGGUGCUGGCUAUUUUGGAAAUAGUGAGAAAAACGAAAAUAAUAUAGAAAAAUAUCAAAAUAAUAUAGAAAAAAAUCAAAAUAAUAGUGAAAAAAAUGGAAAUAAUAUAGAAAAAUAUAAAAAGAUAGAAAACCAUUUUUCUGAGAAUUGUGGAAAAUCCAAAAUAAAAAAUAAUUUACAAAAUUGUAAAAAUUAUGCAACUCCUUUAUUUGAUACAGCAGAUAAUCCAUUUAUGUCAUCUAAUAAUUUAUUAGAAUCACGGUUUUUAAAAAAAAAUGCAUUAUUAGAUGCAUUUAAAAAUAGCAAUGAUAAUAGUAUAGGAAAUUAUAACAAAAAUGAAUCAAAUUUAAUAAAAAAAAAAUCUCAAAUUAAGCAAUCGGUUAAAUCACCAUUUCAUAAUUUUUAUUUAUCUAUAAAAUCAAUUAAUGAUAAAGAUGUAUCCAUAUUUUCAAAUCAUAUUGGGGUUCCAAAUAUUCAACUUUUGCUUAGCAGAUUUAUUAUUCUAAUAACAUGUGCACAAACAUUUACUGGUAUCUUUACUAUGAUAUAUGAAAAAAUAAAUUAUGCUUUAAAUUGGAAUUUUAAUUUUUAUACAAUUAAUAAUAUUAUUAUUUUAUUUAUUUUAUGUUAUAGUAUAUCUUUUAUUUUAUAUAUAUUGUCUUUUAUUCCUCUUUCUAUUUAUCGAUUUAUUUUUUUUAUCAUAAUAUCAAUUUUGAUUGUUAAGAGUUAUGAGUUUACUGAAGAUGGACAAAGAGCUAGAUUAUAUUUUAAAAAUAAAAAAAUUAAAAAUAAAUAUUUAAAUUUGUUAAAAAAAAAAAUAGCAAAAACUAUUAUACAUAUAUUAAAAGGAAAACAAAAAUAUUAUGCCGAAUGGAUUUUAUAUUUUUAUAAAAUAAUUUACAAUUUUAUUUUCAACUUAAUAAUUUACACAAAAUUUAUUAUAUUCUUUUUAAAAAAUUGGAUUACUAGAUUGUUAAUAUUAAAAGAUAUCGAACAUAUAAAAAUAGCUAAACUUCAAGGAUUUAAAAAUUUAUAUUUUUUUAUACACAAUCGAAUGAUUGAUAGACAAAAUUUCUUAAUUACAGAAAAUAGUAAUAAUAUAAAAAACUUUGGAAAUAUACAAUUAUCAAAUAAUUCAAAUCAAUUAAAACCAUUUGAAAAUUAUAAAAAAAAUAUAGAAGAUGAGAGUGUACCAAAAGAUAAUAAUAUAUUAUCAGCCAUAGUAGGAAAUAAAAAAAAUAAUAAUAAUAAUGAUAGUAAUAACGAUAGUAAUAAAAACAUUUUGAGAAACCCCUUGUAUGAAAAUUACAAAAACAUUGAUCUAUGUAUAUAUUCAUCAAGCGAAAAUGAUAAUAAUAGUAUAUCUAGUCAAUACAUAAAUGAACAUAACAAAAAUAAUAAUAAUUUGGAAAAAUUUAAAGAUGAAAUGGAUAUGGAAUAUGAUGAUAAUAUUUCUAUAAGUCAAAUGACAGACAAUGGAAAUAUGAACAUAAAUGUUGAUAUAUUUUUGCAUUACUAUUUUAAAAAAAAAAAGCAAGACAUUUUCAACAAUUUUAUAAACAUUAACCGGAACUAUACAAGUAAGAAUAUAUAUAUAAAGAUAUUAACAUUCUUAAUAAUGGUGAAGAGCAUAAAAUUAACAACUUAUAUUAUGCGGAUUAUAUUAAUGAUGAACAUAAUUAUUCUAGUUCUUACGACAAUAAUAAAAGAACGAAAAGGUUUUAAUUUUUGA